AUGGGUGUUGGUGGGGCGGGCGAGGGUUGCCGCCGCCAUACGUGUUUCGUAGGCCGCGGCAAGGAGGCACAGGAUGGAGGAUGGGGCUUGCGUCGGUGUUGUUUGAUAAUUCCCGGCGAUAAGAGAACGGUGGUGGUCGGACGGAAUGUGGGGUGCUGCGCGGGCAGUGGGCUUGCGGGGAAAGAGGUCACGCACAACGGUGCGGUGGUGGUGGCGGUGGCGGUGGCGGCGGCGUUGGCGCACCAAUUGAUUAACCCGAAACCGUUUCUGUUGCAACCAAUGGAAUUGAGCGAUACUCAACCAGAUGCCGCCCCGAUCGAAACGUCCAAACACCAUCAACUCGUAAUAACACCUGGAGGCACUAAGUAUUGGAUACCCCACUGUGAUGAUGCAAUUCGACCUCACAUUGGACAGCGGUUUAAGGGAUUAAAUGAGGCAGUUGAUUUCUACAUGACAUAUGCGUCUACGGUUGGUUUUGACGUCAGAAAUAGCACAUUGGUGAAAGCAAUUGAUAAUACGACGGUGCUUUGGAAAUACUUGGUGUGCUCACGUGAAGGCUUCAAAAAACACCCGAACACAGGCCAAAUGGUACCUGAUGUGGGCCGUGUAAGAAGGCGCAGGGUCUCCAACCGUGUUGGAUGUAAUGCACGAAUCGUGUUGCGAGUUGAUGGAAAAGACGGUUAUAUUAUUCUGGCUUCGCCGCUGCUACGGGGGCUUGCGAUUUUGGGCGAGAUGAGGUCGGCUCGGCAUCCUGGAUCGGCGUCGAAAAAGUCGGGCCCGAGUGUGGCCCGAUUACGCCGAAAGUGGGCGGCGACGGGGAGAGUCGAGGUACGAGAUCGGUAUCUGAAGGGGACUCUGACCCCGGCUUUGAGGUUGGGUCGACGGUUGCGUUUUGGAUGUCCGGCCAUUGCGAGGUCGAGUUCGGCACCGGAAUCUGAGGGCAACGGCGGCGGUUCGGCGUCAGUGGAGUCGGGGCAGCGACCAGAUUUCUGA